UAGAUAUUGCAGCGCAAUAGCAAACAAUGCGGACGUGAUAAGAGAUCUAAUUUCUUGAUAUUUAAGUUUUGUUCUCUGCUGCUGAUGUCAUUUAAUAUUGCUGUCGACAACAAGUAUAAAAUUCAGAAUGAGACUUUUAAUAUUUGAGCUAUUGUCUCCGCUGUGGAUAUAAACAUCUCAACUUGUUUACGAAUUAAUAGUAGCAUAAGUUAGCCAUGUGGAUUCUACAACUCAUUUGUGUAGUCACAUUUGUGACAACAAGUCAUUCUAGUGAUAUAACUGCAGCUGUAUUUGGAAAUGUGCUCGAUGGGAUGCCCGCUGCAUUUGGAGAUUUUAAUUCCGAUGAACUAACCGAUGUGUUUAUGGUACGCAAGGAUGGUAAAACUGUACAAGUUUUCCUUGCUGCAGAACAGGAACCUUUAUUAAGGCCAAAUAAUGAUCUAAAGUGUUCUUUCAAAGAAAGUAUCACAAGCGUUGUACCAGGAGAUUUUGAUGGAGACGUCUUUAUGGAUAUUCUAGUUACAACUCUUAAUUCAACAACAAAACUUACAGAUGUAUAUAUCUUAUGGGGUGGAAAUAAAGACUCGGUUGUACAAUUAAAUUGUACGACUGAACUUUUAUUCAGUAUGCAAGGGCAACCAUUGGCUCUAGAUUAUAAUCAAGAUAUGAUUAUUGAUCUUUUUGGUUUGAAUAAAGAUCAUGAUAGAAGUUUUUGGAUAUUUCAAGAAAAUAGAGGAACUUUUAAGGUCAUACCAAUGUCAGAUAAAGAAUAUAAAGAAAUGGAAAACAUAAGACAUCCGCAUUCACAUGCUUUUCUGGAUUUAAAUAAUGAUUUUUUGCCAGAUCUUGUUGUAACAACAGAAAAGUCUUUUGAAGUUUGGCAUGGCGAGGAAAAUGGUUUUGUCUUUAAUAGACCUAUCGAUUUACCACAUAAUGCAAAGGUCAUUGGUCAGACUCUUUAUCUUGAUGUUGAAUUAACAGGAAAAGUAGAUCUACUUUUGCCACUUUGUUAUGAUGAAGCAAAACAUACUAAUUGCACCAUAAUGAUGUAUUCCAAAGGUGUAUGGCAUGAUUUGCAAAUAAAUUUCAGAGAUAAGAGUAAUACAUGGGCAUUUAUAAAAGGAGAUGGUCAACGUUAUACUGAUGCGAUAACGCUUAGAGGUGGAGAUUUCAAUAUGGAUGGUUAUCCUGAUUUAUUGGCAACAUUAGAAUCUACUAGCACUAAACAGCGACAAUCGUUUUUACUUGAAAAUGUUGCAUGCAACUCUUGCAAUGGAUUCAAUCGAACUUUCGAUAUACGUUGGCAGGCACUUAAUCCAUUUUAUAAUGAAACUGUUAUGGCAGUAUUUUAUGAUUUUUAUCAAGAUGGUAUUUUGGAUGUAAUUUUGGUUGAACUAAUAGAUAAAACUAAUAAAAUCUAUCGUACUGCUGCAUUUAAAAACAGUUUGGAUUAUGAUGCCAAUUUCGUUAAAGUUAUGGUACUCACUGGACGUAACAACAGUAUGUAUCCAAUUUCACCUGGUUCUUUAGGAAAGAAAAAACGUACAUACGGCACAAAUCUACCAGGACCAUCGAUAGCUUACAGAACUACCACACAAGAUGGUAGUCCACGUAAUGCAAUUGGUGCUCAAUUGCCACAAAGUGCAUAUUUUUCUUUAAAUUUGCCAUAUACUACUUUUGGAUUGGGCAGAACACCAAACUUUGUAGAUUCGUUAACGAUAGGAGUCGGUGGUAAAUCACGAGAAUGGCCGCAAAUUAUUCCCAAUUCUCAAAUGGUAGUGAUACCUAAUCCAAUAUCAAAACCAUAUAGAUGGAAAGCUCAGUUAUUUGUUACACCUAGUAAAUUAAUUUUAUUAAGUGCCGCUGCUUUAAGCGGAACGUGCGGCCUUAUUUCACUAAUUAUUGUUUCAUUGUAUUGGAAGGAGAGACGGGAAGAUAAAAUAGAAAAGCUUCAAGAGAGACAUAGGUUCCCUUUUGAUGCAAUGUAAAAAUAGAUUUAAGAAAAUAUGAUUAAGAAUUAUUUAAUUAUUUAACAGAAUAAUUGAUCAAUAAAUAAGUAUUGCUUCCAA